CCGUUGCACAGCUCUCUCUCCCGCACUAAUCAAUCGGAAUCCGGAUUUUUAUUUUUCAAUUUUCUCGCUCCCUCGCCACCCACCCCUUCGCGUCAGCCUUAUCCGCGCACAUUUGACAAAUCCAUUCGCAGCUCGUUUCACAUUUCAUUUUGCUUAUGGGUUUUACGAUCGCGCGCGCAAGGAAGCGGUCGAGCCUACGUGAUUGUUCUUCCUAAUGAGCAAAAAGUUAUUUCCGUUUAGCGACACGAGCAGUGAGCACUAAGCACAAGUUUCACAAUAUAGUAAUCUCUUCUAUAUCCUCGACUGUAAUACAUUGUUCUCAGCCCGCAGAGAGUAGUAUCUCUCCGUCUCGUUUGACGAUCCCGCGACAAUAAAAAUAAAAGAAAAAUGUAAUGAGCACUUGGGCUUGUGUGUAUACGGAUAGGCAUACGAAAUAGCGGCGGUACAACAGAGUAGAACGUUAUACCUAGUCGCUCGCGUGCAGCAGUACAGAGAAUCAGAGAUAAUACAUGCAAAAUGUAUAUAUACGUAUACUGCACAGUUGUAUAAGCCGCGAGCGCUACCUAGCAGUCGUUCAUGCGUGCGCCUCGAACGGUAAGCAACCGAACGGAAUUCUACUCAGCUGCGCGCCGCGCUCUGCGAGAGAGCGAUCGCUGCCCGCGCGCUGUGCUGUGAAAGAAAAGCAGGAGGCGCAGUCAGUAUACUCGGAUGCGCGCCGUGAGCCCGUAUGAGCUGCCCCCGAGACAACUGAUUAUACUCGCGUACGAGAGCUGCUCGGACUUUGGAGUGUGGCUGUUGCUGCUGCCACUUGCAGUAUGCCCUGUCUGACCUUUGCCGAUGCCAUACCGCAGUGCACCGAAUAUCAGUCCUAAACUCGACGUUUAGACGACACGAUAAGAGCGAAGUUAUGCUACUUUCUCACUUGUAAUACAUGCGGGAAGGGAUCAAACUGUAUUGAGCAUAAAUUCAGCCGAGAGUGGGCGAUACCGCAGCUCUCGUGUGUAUGUGUUUGUGUCCGUGUUGCAAGACAUAAUAACACUCAAGAGGAAUACGCCCACAAUCUUCCUUGAUAUUGGCUCUGUACGCAACUCUCGCUCAUAUGUGUGACUGUGCAGUAGAUUUUUCUUCAUCUCCGCGCGCAACGAAUAACUAAUAGAAAUUCAAGCCGUCUUCAAUAACUAUUUAUAGGCAUCGCAGACGCAGACACAAUUGAAAACUCUACCACACUGCCAUUAUACUCGUCAUGCUCGCAGAUGGAGCCGUAAAUUCGUAAAAUCACUCCAGAGCGUCGUAGACAAGUACAAGCAUUCAUGCACGCGUGCCGCGGGAUCGUCGCGACGAGUCAACAGCAUCAGCGCCGAACAAAAGGAAGGAAACGAGGAGAAAAAUAAAACCAUGACUUCCGAGGAUGUGUGCACUUACCUACAAGUGCCGCGAAAGAAAGCCGUUUCGCAAGGAUCGCCGGCUCACAAGGCGAUACACUGCAGCAUGCUGGCCGAUCUGAGCGAUUUGGAAAAUCUGCGGAUCAAGGACAUCAGUAAAAAUCAUCAGAACGGCAACAAGGAGUACGCGGCGACGACGAAAAACGGGAAGAAAAUCGUCGAAGAGGCCGUCGCGGAGAGGUCAAGGCCGGGACAGAGGAGUGCAGAAAAAGAAGCAACGAGUAGCGCAGGACCCCAGGCGCCCCUCAGACGAAGACGAAGAAGCAAGCGAAGAAAAUCCGAGCUCGAGGAGUGUCGGGCGGAGAAAAAGGAAAACAUCGGCAGCAGCAGCAUCGAAAUAUCGGAUUUGCCGAACGAGCUCGAGCAGCUACUCCAGGAAUCGGAACGACAGCUGCAGCAGCUGAAAGCAGACGACUUUUUGAGAAAAGAAGCAAACGGCGUUGAUGCCCGCACGGAGCUGGAAGAGAAAAGGAGUGAUCCGAACUCGUGGAACGCGAGUAUCAGCCAGAGAUGGAGAAAAAUCAAGCGAGCGAGCAUCGUGAAGCAGGGUGUGCACGCGGUACGCGUCAUCAGCUCCACGCCGACCAGUCGGGAAGUUUCUCCGGCUCCGCCGAGCGCGAGAGCCAGCAUCGGCUCCCAGACUAGGAAAGUCUUGCAGAGCACUUCCCUAAGACUUCCCAACACGGGCAAGGCCAUCGCGGACAUUCAGAACGCCCUGCGCAGUAAAUUCAGCAAGAUCAACGCUGGCAUCCGCAGGCGAAAAGCUCUGAGCAUCGUCGACAACUCGCCGUCGAACGGCUCGAGCUUCUACGUACCGAGUCAGCUGCUGCGCUCGUCCGAAGAAAGCUUGACGACAUCUUAUCACAUACCGCGAGUUAAUCUCGCGAGCCUUCGUCGACAAUCGAGUCAGCCCGAAGUCUACGACUGCAGAUCGGAUGGAUCGGAUGUGCGGGAGGCUACUACUAGACGCGAGACCGUCAGCCCAAAGGAGAGCAAACCAGCCGAGAAGAGCCUGACUUGCAACAGUCGAAGUCUCGCCAACAUGUUGACUCUGGCCGAGGUGAUCGAUCGGCAGAAGCUCAGCCAAUCCCUGCGAGAAACGGACGAGGGCUUGAAUUCCGAUUCGGAACUGGAAGAGCAAGAUCUGCGCUUUUGUACGCUGCCAAGGCCGGCGGCUAACAAAAACGGACACUUCACCAUCAUGACCGCGAGAUUCGUCAAAGGCCCGGGAUACAAGGGCUUGGGAUUCAGCAUCGUCGGGGGCACAGACAGUCCUCGAGGCAACAUGGGCAUCUACGUCAAAACUAUCUUUCCAAACGGACAGGCUUCGGAUUUAGGCAUCGUUAAAGAAGGCGAUGAAAUCUUGUCGAUCAAUUCCAAAGCUUUGCACGGCAUGACUCAUGCUGAAGCAAUAGCGGAAUUCAAAGCCGUCAAACAGGGCGACGUGAUACUACACCUGGGCCGGCGCAUUCACGCGAGACACAAACGAAAAUCCUUGGCUCUAACAACGCCCACUUCGCAAAAAGCGCCAAACGAUUCUCACUCUAUAAAACAUCAGGCGAACAAUGACUGACUAGUCAUUGAACCGCGUCGCGUACAGCCAUUAGAAAUGAAAUGAUAUCCGUUUUCAGAUUCAGGGCUCUACAACGUUUAAGUGAUAGUUAUAUAUAUAUAUAUAUAUAUUGUUUUUUUUUUAUUUUUACUGCAAUUAACGAGCUAUGUAUUUUUCAAAUAUUGAUAUUUUUCUAAAUCAACCUCAAAGGGCGUUCUAAUGCAGAGAUGCUUUAUGAUUAAAAUAUGAGUAGAUAUUCCAUUAGAAUAGAUUCCAAAAGAAGAAGGAUAAUAUAAAACGAACGUUGUUUACUACAUAUACAUUCGCAAUAUUCCGUCUUCAUUGAAGCAGUUGUAUGUACAUAAAUAUGCAAGGAUAACAUGAACAGUCGUCGAUAAAUGUUUCCAAAGAUAAUAUCCAAAAAUUUUUAACUAAAAGGCAUAUUUUAUAUUUUUAUAUUAUACAAACUUAAGCUUUUGUAGUUAUUUAACAGUAACAUGCGGUUCGUAACUAAAUAUAAACGUUAUAAAUUUAA